GAUUUGAGGGUGCUUCCUAUAGGAGAUUCCAUCACCUGGGGCGCUCAGAGCUCAGAUAGCAAUGGCUACCGCAAGUAUCUCUGGGACAGGCUAGCUAAGCUCGAGAACAAACUCGACUUUGUUGGGAGAAGAGCUGAUAACGUCGGCAUGUCUGACCCAGACCACGAGGGACAUCGAGGCAAGGUCAUCGACGAGAUCUCGGAUUUGGCUAGUAUUGGUAUAAGCGCAGCCCCCAAUAUCGUUCUCCUCCAUGCUGGAACCAACGAUAUGAACAAGGACCUUAAAACUGGAGAGGCCCCUGCACGCCUCAAGAAGCUGAUCGACAAGAUCUUGAAGGUGUCCCCCAAGGCCGUCGUUUUGGUGUGUCAGAUUGUUCCGUCAACCAAAGCCCAGACAACGCAACCGCGCAUCGAAACGUUCAAUGCUGCUAUCCCCGGACUUGUGAGUGAUCUCAGGUCCGAGGGGAAGAAAGCGCUUGUGGUUGCCAUGAACGAGGCCGUCCAACUUUCCGACAUUGCCGAUGACCUACACCCCAAUGACAGGGGUUAUCAGAAAAUGUCGAACGAAUUCUAUGAUGCCAUUCAGCUUGCUUCUAGCAUGGGUUGGAUAACCGAUCCG